AUGUCUGGAAAAGAUAAAUUGCCGAUUUUCCCUUCUCGGGGGGCUCAGAUGUUAAUGAAAGCUCGUCUGGCUGGAGCACAGAAAGGCCAUGGUCUCUUGAAAAAGAAAGCUGAUGCCUUGCAAGUGAGGUUCCGUAUGAUCUUGAGCAAAAUCAUCGAGACUAAAACUCUUAUGGGUGAAGUGAUGAAAGAAGCAGCAUUUUCAUUGGCUGAGGCUAAGUUUACUACAGGAGAUUUUAACCAAGUGGUCCUUCAGAAUGUAACCAAAGCUCAAAUCAAGAUCCGUUCCAAGAAAGACAAUGUUGCUGGUGUAACUCUCCCAAUCUUCGAGUCCUACCAAGACGGUUCAGAUACCUAUGAGUUGGCCGGUCUGGCGCGCGGUGGUCAGCAACUUACCAAGCUAAAGAAGAACUUUCAAAGCGCAGUGAAAUUGCUUGUGGAGUUGGCUUCCCUACAAACGUCCUUUGUGACUCUAGACGAGGUUAUUAAGAUUACCAACAGACGUGUUAAUGCUAUUGAGCAUGUGAUCAUCCCCCGUUUGGAGCGUACCCUGGCCUACAUCAUCUCCGAGCUAGACGAGCUGGAGCGUGAGGAAUUUUACCGGCUUAAGAAGAUUCAGGAUAAGAAAAAGAUUAUCAAAGACAAGGCAGAGGCUAAAAAAGCGGCAAUGCUACUAGCCUACAGAGACAAGGAAGUCGGCGGCAUCGCUAACCUUCUCGACGAGGGAGAUGAAGAUUUACUGUUC